CUGUUAAGUGUAAACUUCUAAUUAUAUUAACAAAUUUCAAAAGUUGGUGAAAAAAUAAAAAUCUCUAAAGAAUGAAUCGUGCACGCCGCUCAACUGGUAAUAAGGCGUUCGUUCCCGGCGGAACAAAUCGCACAAUAUCAAUGUGUGUUUACUACCCAAUUGUGAUUUUAUUAGCAAUAGCCGCUAAAAGCGCCUUAAUCGCAAGUGCCGAGCGUUGUCUACUCCACCUAUGCGCGAUUGCUCUACCACUUUCCCCUGGCUGAUCCACUUACAGACCAGUCAGAGCUCAUCAUAGUCCUCAUUAACAUAGCCAAUCACUCCUGUCGGAGAGUCACCGUCACUUGCUCGCGUUCAUUUGUGGAGUGUUGGACAAUUUACAAAUAGCCAGCAAUAAGUUAAAAACAGCUGGACUUGUGAUUAUCGCAACUUUUACGGCUAUUGAAAAUACAUUCACCAGCAAUUGUAACUAAAAUUAUUAGUUUUGCGUUAGAUAGCAAUGCUCAUUUGCUCCACUAAAAGUACCCAAACGAGACACCACCACCUCUCAUCAAACUACUGUCAAAGGUUUGGCUACCCCCACUGAGCGCCACCACACCCUAAUCUAACAAAAUGGGGGCGGCGCGCACUGCGAUCGUUAAAAUAAAUGACCAACAAUGUUGCCCAGUCCAUUGUAGGGAUUGAACCAUCGAUGGCUGGACAACCGUGUGGCAUUUAUUAUAGCGUCAGUUCCAAGCAUUUGGCCAGAGACGGCAACCAUAUCAAGUUGGCAUUUGGUUCCGUUGCGCAGCGCGUGCAAUGAUUCGUUUGGGCACUUUGGUUGUAGGAAUGGUCAUGGCUAUUCCUGAACUAUAUUUUUUAGUAGGAGACCUGAUGGCGAUGCUGCCAGCUCCCGAGAGAGCGUCCAGUAGUGUAAAACCAUCCAAGUGCUCUCCCCAAGAGACCCGUUGUACAAAUGAUGCAAGAGGAGUCGAUGACUCAAUUGGAACCUGAGAAAGUCCAGCAACAAGUAGACCAGCUCUCGUUGCAAUCGCAAAUGCCUGUGCCCUUAUCUGCUAUAAAGGAUGAACCUAUGCCAUCCGCGAGCGAGGUAGCUACAACUACAUCUACCAUGGAGUCCGGAAGUAUGAGCGAUCUUGUGUUUGAUUUGAACGAUGAAACCAGCAAUGGCGGCAAGAUACCGUUUAAGAAGAUCUUUCAGAAGCGCAAGAAGUCUUCGGAGCGCACACGCGACAAGAAGUUGCGUCAGAAUCGUCAGUUGCGUAAAUCAAUGCUCCCUAAGAAUGCGCUUAUGGCACUCAACGAGGUUAAAGGCAUAACCAUUAGUGAUUUUACUAUAAACACUAAUGUAGAUGGCGGCUUUACGGCCAUUGUUACCGUCAAUUCGAAUCAAUACGAGGGUAAGGGACAAUCCAAAAUGGCAGCUAAGAAUUUGGCUUGUGAAAAGGCUCUACGCGAUUACAUUAUUUCCAAGAUGACACCCAAACAAAAGAAAAUACCGUCCUCCGCUAACGAGUCAAUGGAAACUAGCGAAGUAGAAAAUGCCAAUGAAAAUAUUGAAAAUCCUGAUGACGAAUUACCCAUGUUAAACCUGGCAUCAUUUGCAAUUUAUAAGUUAUUCUCCGAAUGGGAGCGUGAGGGAUUUGUUGUUCCCGAGAUGCAUCCAUCUGCCCAUUCUCAGAGCGCUCAGCCAAUUGAACCAAAUUCAGCCGCCGCUGCUCCUGUGAAGGAGCCAAAGAAGCCGCCUGUGCGUUCCGAGCUUCCCAGUAACUGGGAAACCAUGCAUCCAGCCACAUUAUUGUGCAUUAUGCGUCCUGGUAUUUCAUACGUCGAAUAUGGCUGCUCUGGCGAAAAGCCAAAUGUAUUACAACGCCUUGGCGUUAUUGUCGAUAAUCAAGAAUUUACCGCCGAUGGACGCUCGAAGAAGAUAGCCCGACGCAAUGUGGCCGUAAAUGUUUGCAACUGUUUGUUUGGCACAAAUUUUUCAUAUGAAGAGUAUUAAAGAGAAUAUGUAUGCUCUAAAAUACAUACAAUCAUGAAGUCCAAAAUUUAGUUACACUUAAAUAGUCGUCCCUGUUGAAUGCGCCCAAUGACUUCGUUGAUUAUAGAUACAUAUACGAAUCUUAACGUGUCGUAGAAAAAUUGUAUUCAUUAAAAACACAUGGACAUUUA